GAAUGAGUAUAGGAGGCACUGGUUUUUCUCAUAGGGGAAUUUCAAACAACAAAUCUCUUAGCCAACUAGCUUCUUCAGAAGCUAGUGCUAAUGAUAUCAUUUCUGCCUCCAUAGUUGACUUUGCAAUUAUUUGUUGUUUCUUAGAUUUCCAACUCACAGCACCACCACCAAUCUUAAAAAUAUACCCUGAAACAGAUAAAGAAUCACCUAACAAGAAAUAUGGAUUCUCACACAUCCAAGACACAAUCUUCUACACACAAGGCUUUGUUGGAGUUUUCUGCCCGUGCUCAAAGACUCAAUGAAGAAACCAUCUCUUAUCUGCACCAAUUGACUAAGGACAAUGAACACCUUCGCAAAGCCAAUGAGCAAUUGGGAGAGCAACUACAAGACAUGACCAUCAACUGUAAUCUUUACAAGAUUGCCAUGGAGGACAUGUGCUAUCAACUCCAAGUUGAGAAGCAAAAGAACCAGGCUCUUGUUGAAGAAGACACCAGCUUGCAUGAAGUCGUCAUCGACAUAACCGCCUUGGUGACUCAAUUCGAGGGAAAGAUGGUCGAGACUCAUCAUCACAUUGCUCAAAGAACCCAUCCAAUUGAGAGGGGAUUUUUCCAACCAGUCUUCGACUUUAUCAUUGACAUGUCUAAUGUGCUUAAAAGGCUGUAUUAGGGUUUAUGUUUUGUAAUGAGUUUGUUUUAGCUUUAAAAGAAUGAGCAUGUAAGCACUUUGAAUGCAGCUUUGUACUGCUUGUUAACUUUGUUUAAAGUGCAGUUAUUUAGUAAUGAAAAGCCAUGUUUUAG